AUGUCAUUCAGAGGCGGCGGUUCCGAUCCCUAUGGCGAUGACGGCUACUCUGAUUUCGCCCUUAUACCAAGAUAUCUCAAAAUCCAUGGCAUCGUGAUGGCACUUGCGUUCGCUGUCAUGAUGCCACUUGGAGCGUUGAUCAUUCGGGGUCUCAAAGUGCAAGGGUCAAUUUGGAUACACGCGAUAUGGCAGCUCAUCAGCUGGGCUCUAAUGAUCGUUGGUCUGGCUUACGGUGUUCGUGUUGGUCGUACACUACACAUGAUCGGACAUAACGCCCACACAGUCCUCGGCAUCAUUGUGGUUGUGCUCAUGUUUUUCCAACCGUUUAUCGGACUUGCACACCACUUUCGCUUUCGAAAGAAUGGGAGUCGAAGUUUUGUUCAUAUCUGGUAUGGGCGAGUGCUCAUAUUGCUGGGGAUAAUCAAUGGAGGUCUUGGACUGCAGCUUGCUGCCAAUUCAACGGGAGGGACUAUCGCGUAUGGAGUGGUGGGCGGUAUCUUCGGCGUGCUCAUAAUCGUCUUGGCGAUUACGCGUGAACGGAAGAAGAUAUGA